GCAAUGACUGAGCAUAUUAGUUCUCUGUCAUAGUGGAGGACAAGUGCCCUGCCCUGUAUUUUCCACUGUUGUCUAAAGACUGUCACACAAACAUUUGCAGUCAUUCUCAUAGGAACCCUGUUUAUUUAGGCCUGACCCCCUGUUUUCUAUCUGAGACCCUCUCAUAUCAUGGAACUUUGGGGUCUCCUUAUCUGGGCGUCCUUCCUGCUCUUGAGUGUGGCUGUGAUCUCCUUACUGCUCUAUUGUGGAUACAUUCAGUACAUUCAUAUGAAGUAUGACCACAUCCCGGGACCACCUAGAGACAGGUGAGUAGUGGGGGACACUGUAUUGCUUGGGAUUGCAGCGUACUUCCAGGCCUGUAUUUUUCAUUAUUUGACACAGACAACUACCUAGAGAGCUAUGGAUGACCUUGUAGGAUACUACAAGGUCUACUGUUGCUUGUUUUAAUGCUGUAGGUGUUAAUAAACCAAUAAUAACUACUAACCUUUGCACUACAGAUAUUUGUGUCCAAGUUAAAGUUUGGCUGAGAAUCAUAGGAAAUAUAGUCUAAAAUGUCUGUAGGCAUUUAGCAAAAAAAAAACAAACAUCCCUACGUAAGGCGGCAAACACUUGAAUCUGCUGUUCAGCAUUAUGCAGACACAGUUUGUCCCAGUUUUCUGUCUCUUUUUGCUUAGGAAAGCAAAAGCACUUAAUGUACAAUGCAAUAAGUCUCUAAAUAAGUGAUACCUAAAUUCAGCUCUUUCUAUUAUGCUUGGAUUGCAGGUUUUUGGUACUGCAGUAUUUGUCCAUAACACUGCCUUUAACCCCAGAACAUCUUAAACAACUAUAUAUGUAAAUUUAAUCAACGAGAAUUCCACAAAUUCAGCUACGCUUCAAGUUCACCUGCUCUGGCCUUCACUUUGAACGAUCAUUUUAGUGAAUAACCCUCAUCAGUCUUAUGUGUAGUGAUGUGCGAAAUUUAGGUAUACCUAUACUUAAAAAAAAAAAGCUGUAAUUGUUAGCAACUGAGUUAAGGAAGAAAAGGACAGGGGAUCUCCUUCCAUUAUAACCUUGUAGCUGCACUUGCGCUUUUAAUAUUAAUAUGGGGUAAUUUUCAUAGAAAUACAGAAUUAGGGCCAGAUAAUAAUGACUUCACUUACGUAGUUUUUGUAAUACGAUACAAAUACAGACCUUCUUCUGACUAACCAUUUCAUAAAGUUUUGCAAGUUAAAUACAGGACGUAGCUGGCAAAGGUGUUGUAGUUAUAAACAUUUGGAAGUGCUCUGCCCCUGAUCUGCCUCCUUGACAGUCUCAGACAAUCCUAUGGGGAAGCAUUGUGGUUGGCUCAGACCACCACUUCUGAUGAUGUCAGCAGACAUGGGCAGGUCUGAGGCACAGAGGCAGAGCCAGGAGCUGCAGACUUGAAAACACGUAAGAUUUCACUAUAUUUAGGGAGGAAAGCAGGGCUAGGGGGCUCGAUGGUGGUUUUAAUACUAUAGGGUCAGGAAUACAUGUUUGUGUUCCUGACCCUAUAGUGUUCCUUUAAAACUAGUCAAAGGACAGCCAUUGCUACCCAGCUGCUAGAAAUGCCAUAUCCAAUGGAGAUAGGGCCUGUAAAUUAAUAGGGGAAGACCAAUCUCACCAAUCAGAAGGAUCUAAUAAGAAUUCUAAGCAUGGGAAAGCCUUUAUAAAGACUCUUUCUGUGCUGAGCCAUAGUGAGGUGAAGAUUUAUUUUGUUUUGUACAGAUUUUAUUUUUUCCAUCAGAUUUUGUGCAAAUCAGGUUUUUGUAUUUUCAAAAGUUGUGUAUUAUGGAUUUCAAUCUGGCCAUUUUUGGGGCUGAAGAUAAAAAGAUUUACAAGAAGAAAGACUUUUGAUGGUAAAUAUAAUUAAUUAUUUACAGGUAUUAGUUUAUUGACUAUUAUUAGGGUGAGGGGGGAAGGUAGAAUUAGUUUAAUUUAACGAGGGGUGACUAGGAGCAGUGAAUCCCUAAGCCACCCAGGGGGAGUGGAUUAAGGAACUAAUUGGAGUGAUUGACAAUGACAUGUCCACCACCAUUCAAUAAUUAUUUAGACCCAUUAUUUUACAGAUUCCAUCUCCAGUGACGUCCCAGUCACUAGUUUUAAAUAUUUAGUACAUAUGCCCCACAUGCAUAGGGAGGUGUUUUUACCCCCACAGGCUUAUUCUUUUUUUUAUUUUUUUUAUUUAUUUACUUUUUUAAUAUGGCAAGCACUGGACAUAAUUAACCCCUAAAGAGCCCAGAGUUUUUAACUAUUUGUCUGCUGGCUGCUAGUGCUGAAAACAUCUAGGCCCUCAUUUGAAGCAUAUUCUGGUCCAUUCUGUCCAGCUGAAAUCCAGGCACUAAUUCAGACCACCUUGAAGUAUUGUAUGCAAAAUUCAGACAUGAUCAAAUGUUUGGAUUUUGCAGUCCAAAUGACCCAUAUGCAGCUGGAUGAUUUUGCCCUGUUUGGUGUGAGGACUUUACUGAAUACCCUGAUCGUUACCUAGAGGAUAUUUUACCAUCUCAAUAGUUUGACCUAAGUUAUCUAGUUUAAUGUAGGAAUUUUUUUUUUUUUUAAUGCUUAUUUCACUGCACUGUGCAUGCUGUAUUUAUUUUCUCCCAAGGAAUUCAUUCUUUAUUUCAGCUUCCUAUUUGGACACAUGCCCUCCAUACUGAGAGUAACAGAAAACAACAAUUUGGUCGAUGAUCUCUUUCUUGAGUGGUAAGAUCACAAUUUAAUGGGGGUGCAUCCCUUUUCUGGAAAUCACACCAUUUAUUAAAACAAAAAAUUGCCCUUUUUUCAAAUGAUGAUACAUUUACUUUUUAAUGUAUAUUAAAUGGACACUAUAAGCACCAAAACAACUUUACUUUAAUGAAGCAGUUUUGUGUAUAGAUCAUGCCCCUACAGUUUCACUACUAAAUUAUCUGCCAUUUAGGAGUUAAAUCACUUUUUAUGCAGCCCUAGUCACACCUACCUGCAUGUGACUUACACAGCCUUCCUAAAAACUUCCUCUAAAGAGUCAUCUAAUGAUUACACUUCCUUUAUAGCUAAUUCUGUUAAAUGUUGCAUUUCUUAUCUUCUACAUUUGCAGAGCAGGACAUAAAAACUUUUAAAGUAACAUCUGACUGAAAACGAAAGCUUUGUUUACAUGUCAGUCACAGCCACGGGAGGUGUGGCUAGGGCUGCAUAAACAAAAAACCAAAGUGAUCUUACUACUCAAUGGCAGUCAAUUGAGCAAUGAGACUGCUGGGGCAUGAGCUAUACACAACAACUACUUAAUUUAACUAAAGUUGUUUAGGUGACUAUAGUGUCCCUUUAAGCUAAAGUUGUUCUGGUGACUAUAGUGUCCCUUUAAAGUUUGAGAAGGAUUAAUGUCAGAGCUAGAUUACAUAGGAUAUUUAGUGUUAAUAAGAUAACCGCUUCAGAAGGGUUAAAGUUGUAGUAAAAAGGCUGUUUAGAAUUAUUGAGUUUAUUACUAGAGUUUGAUUAACUUUAGAAAUGGGGUGAAUGAGGUGUUUAGUGCUUUAGAUUAUUUAAAAAAAGGAUUAAGGUAAAGAGUUUAUUUUUAGGUUAAGGCGUUGAGUGCUGGAAUUUGAAGGGUUAUUUGCAAAGUACUCACCCUCCUACUAGAUCUGUAGACCAGUCACAUUGAUGAUAUUAGAGUUAUAAGAGCUGUUAUGCAGUAUAUAUCAAUCAGGGCUCUCCCUGCUCCUCCUGCAAGGCAUUUCCUGUGUGUGAGGCUGUCAGUAGGUAUAAGGGAAGUAAUCCCUUCCACUUCCUGUCCAGCCUCACACACAGACACUGGAGGAACUGGGACAGCAGGUCUGCUAUUAAGGCUGACUGGAUAAGAGAGGACAUUGGCCAAAGACACUGAUAUUUAUCUCCCUUUAAUUUAAAAAGGCACAUUAUAGGCGCUGUAAACAGGGCCCCCUAGUGGUUAGGCACGUACUCCACUAAUUUGAAGUUUGUCUCUGCCGAUGGAAGUGUCACAUAUGAGUCCGCUUAUAAAAAUGUGGUUAAUGGCAUUUACUGUCCACACAGGAAAAGUUGUCCAGAGCAGCAACCAAAUCCACAGAAGGGUUAAUGCUGAGCAGCAAUUAUGUAAAUGGGAACCUGGUAACUGCCUUUGGGGUCAAAGGCUGGUUACAGCCUAUCAGAUCUAGAGGAGGGGUAUUUAGGUCCAUUUCUCAUCCUGCUCAGUGCGCUGUUGUGGUUUCCCUUGUGGUUGUCUGAGAGUGCGUUAUUGAUUCUGGUUAUUCUGAUUAUUUGACUUUGGCAUUGUUUUUGACUUCCCUGUUUUCUGGCAUCCCUGACUCCUGGCUUUUCCUUAUCGUUGUGUCUCUUUCUGUUUCCCUUGACCUCGGCUAUUUCUGACUAUUCUUUGGUAUGUUAGUCCGGCCAUUCUAAGGUCCGGUAUACGUUUCCUAUCAGUCCUCUGUAUUAAACAAUUCUACGUGCUGGAUCAUUCUGUAAUCCUGACAGGAAGAGACCUAUAUUGUGCUGCUGUAAACAUAUAACAGUGCCUUUACAUUGAUCUGCUGGACACAUUUGCCUGUUUUAGAUCACCGUAGAGACAGUGUUAUUAUUAUUAUCGCCAUUUAUAUAGCGUCAACAGAUUCCGUAGCGCUUUACAAUAUUAUGAGAGGGGGGGGAUUUAACUAUAAAUAGGACAAUUACAAGAAAACUUAUAGGAACAAUAGGUUGAAGAGGGCCCUGCUCAAACGAGCUUAUAGUCUAUAGGAGAUAGGGUAUAAAACACAUUAGGACAGGAAGUAGCAAUCAAAUUAGGUUGGAAUAAAGCAGAGCUGGAGGAGAGAGUAGAGUGGUGCCCUUUAGGAGAGAGCCAGAGAUGGGUAUGUGAGGUAGGGUAGUGUUCUAUGUUUAUUGCAGUGCAAUAAAAGUGGGUGACCUUGGUGGGUGGGUGAGUGGGGCAACAAAUUAGGAGGGUCAUUUUUUUUUUUGUUUAAGGCACUUUCACUGUAGUCCAAGUGUUCAUAUGGAAUUCAAUAAGAGAAGUUUUAGUCUUGGCAAAUAAUUUUGUGAUAAAAUUAUUCUAACUUAGCAGUAUUAGGCAAUACAUAUUGCUAUGCUUGAAUUAUUUCCUUUUUUGAUCUAAAACUUCCUAUUUGCUUUAUACUUCUAUAUGUAUUUACAAUACAUCUGUACCAAAAUCAAUCAUAAAUGCAUUUUUAAAACUGUCUUUCACUCUGAACUCUCUGCAAUAGUUUCAAAUGUUUUUUUGUUUAGUUUCGAAAAGUCUGAGAGGUAGCCUGUUUGUUUGUAUCGAGUGUCUGAUACAUUUGUAACUCUUCCUCUUUAAUUCCAGCUAUGGUGUUCUCUCUCUGGGCUCUGUGCCAAAUCUAAUGGUUGUUACAAUUUACAAACAUUCAAGCAUCUAGUUUACUGCUUAUCUAUCUUUUCAAUACACAGCUCUUUUAGCAUGUGAUUAUAACACAAGAGGUUUGUUUUUGCUCACUUUAUUGGGUUAUUUAACCCCUUAAGGACGGAGCCAAAUGUACACGGUGUGAACGAAACAAAAUGUAAACAAAACCUGGCAUUUGCGCUACAUGUCUGUCCAACCGUAAUACACCUCUUUCAUAGUAAAUGCACCCACCCUUAUUAUAUAUCAUUUUAUUCAGGGGAAACAGGGCUUUCAUUUAAUAUCAAAUAUUUAGCUAUGAAACAUAAUUUAAUAUGAAAAAAAUGGGAGAAAAUACGAUUUUUUGAUUUUUUUAGUUCUAAAUUGCAUUUUAAAGGUCAGUGUCAUAAUACUGUUUGAUUUUACUGCAAUAAAAUACACAUAUUUGUAUUUAGUAAAGUCUCACGUGUAAGACAGUACCCCCUAUGUACAGGUUUUAUGGCGUUUUGGGAAGUUACAGGGUCAAAUAUAGCACGUUACAUUUGAAAUUGAAAUUCGCCAGAUUGGUUACGUUGCCUUUGAGACUGUAUAGUAGCCGGGAAUGAAAUUUACACCCAUAAUGGCAUACCAUUUGCAAUAGUAGACAACCCAAGGUAUUGCAAAUGGGGUAUGUCCAGUCUUUUUUAGUAACCAUUUGGUCACAAACACUGGCCAAAGUUAGCGUUAGUAUUUGUUUGUGUGAAAAAUGCAAAAAACGCCAAUUUUGGCCAGUGUUUGUGACGAAGUGGCUACUAAAAAAGACUGGACAUACCCCGUUUGCAAUACCUUGGGUUAUCUACUAUUGCAAAUGAUAUGCCAUCAUGCGGGUAAUUUUCAUUCUUGGGCUACCAUAGGGUCUCAAAGGCAACGUAACCAAUCUGGUGAAUUUUAAUGUGAAAAAAUGAAACACAAGCCUUAUAUUUGACGCUGUAACUUUUGAAAACACCAUAAAACCUGUACAUGAGGGGUACUGUUGUACUCGGGAGACUUCGCUGAACACAAAUAUUUGUGUUUCAAAACAGUAAAAGUAUUGCAGCAAUAAUAUCAUCCGUGUAAGUGCUGUUUGUGCGUGAAAAAUGCAAAAAACUUCACUUUUACUGGUGAUAUCAUUGUUGUAAUACAGUUUACUGUUUUGAAACACUAAUAUUUGUGUUCAGCGAAGUCUCCCGAGUAAAACAGUACCCCCAAUUUACAGGUUUUAUGGUGUCUUGGAAAGUUAUAGGGUUAAAUAUAGUGCUAACAAAUUAAAUUCCCUAUACUUUCGGCAUGGGUUGUCAGGCAGGUCCCGCUAAUUGUAAUUAAUUAGGAUACCUAAUUAUGUAAAAAUAUUACAUAAAUAUAUGUGUAGAAUUAAUAUAUGUAUAUAUAUACAUAUGUGUAUAUAUACAUAUAUAUAUAUAUAUAUAAAAAUUUUUAAAAUAUUUUUAUUUAUAUAUAGGUGUAUAUAUAUAGUGAUAUAUACGUAUAUAUUUAUGUAUAUAGAUAUAUAUAUUAUUUCGUUCUACGUGUAUUUUGAUAUAAAUAUAUAUAUAUAUAUAUUAAUAUCACAAUACAGUUAGAACGAAAUAACAAACAUCUAUAUAUUUUUUUAUUAUUUAUUUUUAAUUAUUUUUUAAUUUUAUUUUUUUUACGUAUUUACAUUUUUUUAUAUUAUAGAUAAAUAUAUAUAUAUAUAACAAUAAUUAUAUAUAUAUAUUUAAUCAGUAUCAGUCUACGUGUAAUUUGAUAGUAAUAUAUAUAUAAAUAAUUAUAUAUUAAUAUUUAAAUACACUUCGUGUAUGUGUAAAUGUGUGUGUGUGUGUGUGUGUGUGUGUAUGUGUAUAUAUAUACUUAGAUCAUAUAUAUAUAUAAUAUAUAUGAUCUAAGUAUAUUUUAUAUUUAACUGUAAUUUUUUUUUUUUUUACUAAUAUUUUAUUUAUUUUUACAGGACAGGGGGCAGAGACAGUGUCAGCCAGUGAUUUUACAUCACUGGCUGACACACAGGAUCAGUGAUCACAGUGACUGCCUGUCACUGUGAUCACCUCCUGCAGAUUGGGUAAUUGGCCACAGGGGGGAAUGCCUGGGUGGUACAAGCACUCCCCCCUUCCAAUCUGCAGGGGGAUCUGUGUGCCAGUUACAUGUGUCAGCCAAUAGGCUGACACAUGUAACACUGAUCGCAGUGACAGGCUGUCACUGCGAUCAGAGCGCUCUGACACACGUUAAAAACUGAUCGCAGUGACAGCCUGUCACUGCGAUCAGUGACUGCAGAUCGCGGUCACCGGCCACAGGGGGGGUUGCCUGGGGGGCCGGGCAUCCCCCCCGACCGCGAUCUGCAGCGGGCGACUAGCGCCGGCCACGUGGGCGGCCAUUAAAGUGAGGGCGUACUAUUACUCCCGCCGGCGUUUAGAGCCGGCUCCUGCAGGGCGUAAUAGUACGCCCUCCGGAUUUAAGGGGUUAAUUAAGUGAGAAUUCAAAGUGACUUUAGAAUCUAACCCCUUCAGGAUGGAGUCAAUAGUGCACGUUCUGCUCAAAACAAAACGUAAACAAAAACUGGAAUUUGCGCUAUAUGUCUGUUCAACCGUAAUUCACCGCUGUCACAUUAAGUGCACCCACCCUUAUUAUAUAUCAUUUUGUUCAGGAGAAACGGGGCUUUAAUUUAUCAUUAACUAUUCAUAUAUGGAACAUAAUUUAUUAUGAAUAAAGUUUAAAAAAAAGUGAGAAAAUAAGAUAUAUUUUUUAAAAAAUUUGUAUUUCCGUCUGACAUUUUAGCUGUGAAUGUCAUAAUACUGUUAAGUUUUAUUCCAAACAAAAAGCACAUAUUUGUAAUCAGCGAUGUCUUACGAGUACAACAGUACCCCCCAUUAACAGGUUUUAUGGUGUUUUGGAAAGUUACAGGGUCAAAUAUAGAACGUUCCAUUUUCAAAUUGAAAUUUGCCACAUUAGUAAUGUUACCUUUGAGACGGUGUGGUAGCCCAGGAAUGAGAAUUAUCCCCAUAAUGGCAUACCAUUUGAAAAAGUAGACAACCCAAGGUAUUGAAAAAGGGGUAUGUUUGGUCUUUUUUAGUAGCCACUUAAUCACAAACACUGGCCAAAGUUAGCGUUCAUAUUUGUUUUUGUGUGAAAAAAGCAAAAAUUUAUAUUUGGCCAGUAUUGUGACUAAGUGGCUACUAAGAAAGACUGGACAUACCCCACUUGCAAUACCUUGGGUUGUCUACCUUUGCAAAUGGUAUGCCAUCAUGGGGGUAAUUCUCAUCCCUGGGCUACCAUACGCUCUCAAAGGCAACAUAACCAAUCUGGCAAAUUUCAAUGUCAAAAAAAUGAAAUGCAAGCCUUAUAUGUGACUCUCUAACUUUCCAAAACACCAUAAAACCUGUACAUGGGGGGUACUGUUAUUCUCGGGAGACUUCACUUAACAUAAAUAUUAGUAUUUUAAAACAGUAAAACAUAUUACAACAAUAAUAUAGUCCAUAAAAGUGCGGUUCGUUUGUAAAAAAUGCAAAAAACUUCACUUUUACUUAAAAUAUCAUCGUUGUAAUACAAUUUACCAGUUUGAAACACUAAUAUUUGAGUUCAGCGAAGUCUCCCGAGUAAAACAGUACCCCCUAUGUACAGGUUUUAUGGAGUCUUGGAGAGUUACAGGGUCAAAUAUAGUGCUUGCAAAUUAAAUUCUCUGCCCUUUCUCCCUGUGUUUUCAGGCAUGUCAAUCAAAUUUUAAUUAAUCAAAUCACAUAAUUAUUGGAAUUACUUAAAUAUACACAUGAAAUUUUUAAUAUAUAUGCAUUGAUAGGUAUUUUAAAUUCUACGUGUAUACUAAUGUAACUAUAUGUAUUUAUCUCUCUCUCUCUACUCUACACUCUCUCUCUCUCUCUCUCUCUCUCUCUCUCUCUAUAUAUAUAUAUAUAUAUAUAUAUAUAUAUAUAUAUAUAUAUAUGACUAGCGGUUAUUUGUAUUUUAUAUAUAUAGAUAGAUAGAUAUAUAUAUAUAUAUAUAUAUAUAUAUAUAUAUAUAUAUAUAUAUAUACUAUAUAUAUAAGUGUCAUUCUAAGUGUAUUUUGUUACCAAUAUAUAUAUAUAUAUAUAACAUAUAUAUAUAUUAACAAAAUACAGUUAAAUAAUUAUAUGAAUAUAUAAUUAAUAUUAAAUUUGUUUCAAUAUUUUAUUUAUUAUUUUAUUUAUUUAUUAUUGUAACUAUACGUGUGUAUAUAUAUAUAUAUAUAUAUAUAUAUAUAUAAUAUAUGUGUAUAUAUCUAUUAUAUAUAAUAUAUAUACAUAUUAUUAUAUAUAUGUAACGUUAUUCUAAGUGUAUUUUAAUACUUAUAUGUACUUAUAUUAAUAUUAAAAUACACUUUGUAUGACGUUACAUAUAUAUAAUAUGUAUAUAUAUAUUAUAUAUAAUAUAUAUAUAUAUAUAUAUAUAUAUAUAUAUACAUUUUCUAUUUUAUUUUAAACAUGUUUAAUAUUUUUUUUUUUUUAACACUCCCCACCAGCCGGGGGACUGUCUGACAUUUAAGACAGUCCCCCUGCUGGCAGAUCCACAGCCAGCUAUAGGGGGCCAUGUGAUCGCUUUGAGAGCGAUCACAUGGCCCCCGGGGGCCUCAUUUGCCGGGGGAGGGCUGCCUGGGCUGUCAGGCAGCCCUCCAGAAGAGGAUCGCGGCGGAGGUAAGUCCACCGGAUCUCCUGGGGCUGCAAGCCGUUACGGCGUUCUAUGCCACCACAACGGCUUUAAAGCCCUUUUAAUGCGGGACGACAUAGAACGCCGUAACGGCGUUAAGGGGUUAAGGUCGAAAUAACCAAAGUGGAAAAAUUCUCUAAGUCAGCCAUGCUGCCCUUUAGGGUACUCUGGCCUUAAACUUUAAAUUCACAUUGAAUUCACAUUUUAGUAAAUAACCCUGUAUGUGUUUUGGGAAUUAUUAAUGCGGGGCCAGGAUAUUCAAUGGACUUUCAAUUUUAAUGAUGAUUAUUUAUUGGAGUUGUACAUUUAUAAAGAUUUGUUUAUAACUACUUUACUCCUCUCUAAGUAGUGUGUACUUGAAUAAAUUUUUAGGUGCCUUGAAGUAGUUGUUUUGUGAUCACAAACAUAGAACCAUAAAAUGUGAUGGCAGAUAAGAACCAUUCAGCCCAUCUAGUCUGCCCAAUAAUGAAGGGACUACAGAAUAGAAGUAAUCGUAGACAGUCAUCUUCCAGUUGGCUGGAGAUGGGAGCUCUUUACUUGAGACACCUAAAUAGAAGAGCUUAUCAUAGUAAAGGGCAAAUACGACGAGCAAUCUGGAAUUGUUCAGAAAUCAAAUAUCCAGGCAGCAAAGUUCAUAUAUGGAUAGGAUAAGCAUAGGGUCAAAGUCCAAGUUAGCAAUAGAUCCACAGAAUAUAACAAGCAGCAAAUUCCCAACUGCAGGCAGAGGACCAAGUCAUGGGUCAAAAACUAACCGCAGGACAGAUAUAAUACUUAGUGCUAGAACAUUAUGCUAAAGCACAGAAAGACUGUGCAACUUACUUAGGCCCUUUAAUGUUUUUAAAUAGGGUGCAUGUGUAGGGUACACCUCCCACUGGUAUAUCAAUUCUUCCUCAAACUUCCAGUGUGAGCUGGGACUGGGAAUUUCAUAGGACAGCAGCAAAUGCACCUCUCAAGGUACGGGAUCAGCCCAGAACCUGGUCUGGCACCUUGUCCCUCCCAGAGAAGUGUGCCACCCAGGAAUGAGAGAGGAGAGGCCACGAUGAGGACCUGGCUCCUUGAUAUAAAACAAUGUGUCUUCACUAAACAAUGGUGACACACUGAAAUUACAUAGGACCCACAAUUGAGUUUAGACCAAGGGAUGCAACUAAUUAGGUACCAAUAUCCUUGAGAUACCCACUAUGUAUUGAGUGCAUUUUUAUAUUUUUCAGGGCAAAACUGUAUGGUCCAGUCAUGCGUAUUAACAUAUUACACCAUCUGAAGAUCCUACUUACGAGUCCAGAGGGUGUGAAGGUAUGAUAGCAAAUGGUGAUCUGGUUAACCACUAUCAUAUGUAAAAUACAAUAAUAAGUGCAUAUGCAGCAGCAUACACUAAUAUAAAAUACCUUCUUUAAAUGUAGCAAUAUUAUUCUAUAACCAACAUGUGAAUGUACACUCACUCAGCUUAUUUUAAUAGAAAAAUCAUUCUUUAAAUACUGUACCAUUUGCAUUAUUAUUUCUUACUGUAAUUAUGGGCAAAUUAUGUUUUGCAGGAGGUCCUCAUGUCCCCGGAACACAGCAAGGAUGCAGCCUACAAUCGGGCUGCUACUUUGUUUGGUGUACGGUAAAUAAACAUAUUUGGUAUUCGGAGUGAUCUUAGAAAAAGUUAAUCUGUAAUGUUACUUGCCUUUCUUAUACAAAGUCCCAUUUUGGUGGGGUUAUAUUUUUACCUUGGUUAUGGUUCCAGACGUACCCAGGUACCCCACUAUUGUUAGUAGUUAAAUGGUUUUAGAAUCGUUGGAUCUCUUACCUUGGGUCUUCACUUCAUCAGCUAGGGAGCCAGAAGCUCCUAAGAAGGAGCUUCUGUUCGCUGUCCUGAGCUAGGCCCCGCAAUACAGAGUUAGUUAAAAUUCUGAGAGUGUCAGCUGAUUGCUCUUAGCCAUCCUGCACUGCAAAGCUUAACGCAGACAGAGAGCAUCCGGCUGACUCUUGGAAGUUAUGAAGACGGGCAGUGGUACCAAGCAGAGCCCAGGCAAGAAAUCACAGCAUUCUAAAAGAGCUUGAUUCAGAGCACUCUUAAAACCAUAACCACUACAAUAAACUGUAGUGUUUAUUGUGCUUUAAAGCGACAUUCCCCGAUAGCAAGGAUAACUUGCCACAAAUGUGUGGAAGACUUAAAUUGUAAGUCUUUUUAACUUGCUGCAUAUUUUCACUUGGAAGUUAUUUACUAGCAGAGCACUUGCAGCACAAGUUCUAGUUGACACUUUUUAAAUUUGCAUCAAAGUUGCCUGGCAAGUCUCUAGCAAGAGCAAAGUUGCAGUGGCAACUGGUAAGUCUACCGCAAGAGCUCUGCAGGCCUAGAGCAAGAGCCCUGUAAAUCUACAACAAGAGCCCUGCAAAUUUUUAUAGGGUCUAUUCACUAAAAAGUGAAUAGGCGAGGAGAAUUGCAAAAUCUAGCCAAAUAUAUAGCUGAACUAAAAAAAAUCUCCCAUUCAAAUAUUUCUAGUUCAGCUAUUUCGGCUUAGAUAUUUCCAUUUCCCUGACAAUUCACCUCAAUUCACUUUUUAGUGAAUAGCAACCUUGUCAUUAAAAAUGUUGUACUUUAAUAUGGCCUAUGGCUUUAUAAAAUUAGAUGUCUUAAUUUUAUUAAAAUUGUAGAUUUUUUUUCUCCAAUAAAACUAUUAAAUUAAAGAUAUAUUAUAACCUUUAUUCCCCAUGGGUAUGGGAGGGCACUUGGCAUCAUCAGAGAAUUCUAAGAACCAUUUUUCCUUUUCUUCCAAGUAAAUCCAGGGAGUUUAACAUCCAAUUACAGAGUCUAAUAGACUGUUUUCAAAAAGUCCAAAGUUCAUUUAUGUGUAACUCUCUUCCAGGGUUUUGAAAUUAUGAUGUCAUUCCAAGCUGUUCCCUUCCAUUUGGAAAAUGUUCUUUUUAAAAACUGCUCAGAAGUUCAGCAUGUAUAUACAUCAAACAAAAUAAUAGUUUAUGUGAGCUUUGGUCCCUAUUAAACCAACUAUACUACCAUGGGCAUCUGCAGCGUAGGACAAGAGGGACCAGGUGCCUUUCAAGUUUCUUGUGGCGGAAUAACGAGUCAUCCACCCAUUGUUCUAUGUCUACCUAUGGUGGACUAUCUCUCCCAUGGGAAACGUGGCCUAUAGAAAGCUCUUUAGUUUCUCUUGUGUGUUUCAGACUAAUGGGAAAUGGUUUGGUGACCGACCAGGACAAUGAUCACUGGAGAAAGCAAAGAUCAAUGAUUGACCCUGCAUUCAGCAGAAAGUGAGUAGAGGACUACACAUUGGCCAAAACACUUGCGGGAGAUAUGUGAAACUGCAGCAUGAUGCGUAAUGGUAUAAUCUGUGUGUAUUUAUUGACUAAUCAGUGAAUUGCAUAGAAUUGAGUGCGGAACAUUUUCCAACUCUGCUAUACCACCAAUAUAGGUAGUUAUCUCAAGUUUGAAAAUGUAACUUCCAAUUGAAAGAGAUUCACUACUUGGUAACAAAAAGUUAGGUACUAGAAAAAAAAAACAACCUGAUCAUUUGAGAAGGAAUAUGUCAGAAAAAAAAGUAGACAGUAUACUCAAAAUCAUUUUUUUUAAACAAAAUGUUUUUAUUUAAUUUUAACAAAUAUCCUUUCUUUGUGUACAGCUUAUUUUUGAUUCUUAAAAAAACAUUCUUUCUAUCUGUCACCUAAACUAACACCAAACUGAAGACCAUCUUCUUGGCUAAAUUCCCAUUUACUAUAUUGCAAUUUGUUUUAGUUUUUUCUCAAGUCUUUGCAAAAUAAGGUAAUAAUCCUCUUUGGGGGCAGAUAUAUGGUAGCUGUGGCAGCUGUGGGCAUCUCGGGAUAUUUGAACUAAAGUUAGGUGUCAAUUUUUUCUCUACAACUGUGUGAUGAUUGAAUUUGUACAUACAGUUUACUAAAACAGUUGAUGUAAGUAUCAGAUGAACAUUUGUCAAAAACAAAAUAAUUCAUGUUUUCUUCUGUCAUUGCAACAUUUCUUCAAUGAUGAUCAUCUUUCUGAUCAAGGUACUUGAAUGGAUUAAUGGGGUUAUUCAAUGAAAAAACUGAAGAGCUGAUGGAAAAACUCUCAAAAAAUGUUGGUUGCGAAAUAAAAAUGCAUGAUCUAAUGAGCCGGUUGACUCUGGAUGUAAUCGCCAAGGUAAUCUUGCAAAGUAAAACAAUAAUAUUUCUCUAAAUUAAAUUCCCAUUUUUAUUAGUACUAAAUGGGGGGGCACAGGGGGAGGGAGGGAGGGGUAGAGGGAGGGACCGUCGAUAAAUGGAAAGAUGAAAAUAAGUGUAAAAGAAAAGUUGAAAGGUUUGGUGGACCAGUAGAGAGAAACAAAGUUGGCUGUAGGGGAAGGAAAGGAGAGACGUAAAAGAGAGAAGUUAAAAAAAAGGUAGAAAAGCUAGGAUAAUUUGAAGGCUUAUACAGUCUAAGCGCUACAGAAUCUGUUGGCGCUAUAUAAAUGGCAAUAAUAAUGAUAAUAGCAGUGGAAGAUCUUAAAACAUAAGCAAUGGGAAAAAAAUGUGGUUUUGGCCAACGUGUUGCAGAUUGGUUGAAAAGUCACUGAAACAGUCAAGUUAAUCAUUUAAUCUUUGAGUCUUCUGUGAUAUCAAGGAGAUGAGGGAAGUGUUGCUAAAUGAAGCCACCGGCAAGACAACAAACUACAUCUCACCUUGUUGAUUACAGACAGCAUUUGGUUUGGAGAUAAACUCACUGAAGGAUGACCAGGCCCCCUUACCACAAGCCAUACUGCUAGUAAUGAAAGGCCUGGCAGAAUCCAUGAAUCCAUUUGCAAAGGUUUGUUUCAAAUACUGUUCAGGGAUUGGGAUUCUAGUACUAUUGGAAAUUUAUAAAGUUUCACUAGUGGCCAGAUUAUAUGCCAAGUUCACUUUGGAUGUGGCUUCAUUCUUUGUUAAUGUAUGUUUUGUAAUUGAUGACACACAAAUGGUGCACUCUAGGUGUUCAAAGGGACCUAAGCAAACAUAUUUAUGAGUAUCUGCCUGAAGAAUUCUCAAUAUAGAGAUUAAAACACAGUGUUAUCGCAUGACACUGCCAUUGACCAUAAAUGGGGGGUUAUACUGCUAACUUAUGUGCAAAAUCCCACGUACAUGCAGCGCUGGGCUGGGGUGUUGGUGGAGAAAUGCACUCCUGUUGUGCCUUGCAUGCAAAAAAGAAUGAUGUAAAUAUCCUAGAAAGGAGAAGAUGGAGGGAAGGACUUUACUUGACAUCUUCUUGAAGAUAUUUUGUAACAUCACUGCUUACAUUAAUUUUGUUAUGUCAUGUAUCUUAACCAGAAAAACAUUACAUAGUUUCCUUUAACAAUAUGUUCCUGGUAUGAUAAUACAUGUUGCAACAGUCCUCUUAAUCAGCAUUUUAAGUAAACAAACUAAUUUUUAUUUAUUUUUUUUAUUUGAAAAGUUUAUUCCAUGGAAGCAGUCCUUUAUUCAAGAUGUUCAAAAACGUGCCCGGCUUCUCCGUCAGACUGGGAGAGAAUGCAUAGAGAAAAGACAGAAGGAAAUGCAGAAUGGGGAUAACAUUCCAGAAGAUAUAUUGACUCAGAUACUCCGGGCAGCAGGUACAACACACAUGUCACGUUAGUCAGUUGCAUUGUUGUAAAAUAAAAAAUGAUGUUUUCUGGUCUAAAUCUAGAAGUCAAAACCUCAAAAAGGAAUAUUAGCUGUAUAUGUGAAGCAAAUCAAAAUCUUGUUUUCCCUUGGAUAAUGAAAAAAAAGAGUGAAUCAUGGUGAAUUUAAAUGAAUUUAAAGGAAUGUGCCCCCUCUCCCCACCCCCCCCCCCAAAAAAAAAAUGAUUUAAAAAGCAAUAUUUAGUAAAUAAGUCCCCCAAUGAAAGCAUAUUUAUUCCUGCAUGCUAUCUAUGGGGUAUAUCUAGAAACAGCUUUCAAAAUCUGCAAACCUGCCUGCAGCCUUUGCAAGCCCUCCCCUUUUUCCUGAGCACAGAUGUUUAGUCUUUGCAAUGAAACACACAAAUUAAAGGCUUCUCAUUUAGAAGCCUCUGUGAUGGAGCCACAUGCUUAUGUGCACACACGUGAUUGUGGCUUUUCUGUGCUUCUCACUGAGAUGUAAUACAGGCCAUUGAGAGUGGGAAUACGAAGAAAGCUACACUGGGUGUAUGACAACCAUGGAUGUGUUUCUGGCCCCAGUUAUAAAAGUGUUCGUUUUUAUUGAAAAAUACACCAUUAUAAACUGUUAUGAAUGUGACAGGCUCCAGACACAUACAUCAGUUUAGUGCAGGGGUAGGCAACCUUUUAGCAGCACUGUGCCGAAAUAAGAUAGUGAUGGCCCAUAGCAUGCCGGUCCUAUUUUUUUAAAUUGAGGUGUGUAUGUUGCUGUAUUCUGCUUGUGUUACUUAUACUGCAGUUGUUUUGUAUCGUUGUAUUUGUGCGUAUAUGAGCUAUUUUAUUGGAUAUGUUCAUAAGUAGUUUGUGGUAUUGUGUACCUAUGAAUAUGGGCUGUGUAUGGGGGUUGCUUGUGGAAUUGUGUGUGUAUGGAUAUGCCACAUUGUGUGUUUCGUAGUGUGUUCAUGUGUGGGGCUGUUUGGGGUAUUGCAUGUGAGAGGCUGCAUGUGGGGUUGUGUGCAUGUAUAUGGAUUGUCAGUGGUGUUGAGUUUGUGCGGAUUGUGCGUAGGCUGUUCGUAUUAUUUGUAUGAGCGUAGGGUUAUUCUGCAGCUCUGUGUAUAUCUAGCAGUGUGGGUGGCUUCCCUGGGUUCCUCUGGGACCAGGCUGGCCAGGUACAGCUCAAGGGCAAGAGCUGCGAUAGCUGCCAAGGGCUGCUCUACUACAGUGUGGAUUCCCAGUUACAACUGCUGGAAGGAAGUGAUCUGAGAUCAAUUCCUCUAUGUGCUGCAAUGCAUAAAUUGAGGAUUGUCCUUCAGCACCUUUUCGUAUUUGCAGAUAUCUUACGUUUCACUGGGACUCCUGAUAGGCCAGAGCCUGUUUGGCUCUAGCAGCCUCGAGUGCCGUGCAAAGACACAUCGCGUGCCGUGCAUGGCGCACAUGCCAUAGGUUGCCUACCCCUGGUUUAAUAUAUGUGUCUGGAGUGCUCAUUUAAAACCAAAUGGCGACCUGAGGUCAAAAUAGAAAGAUUAGAAUAUAGUUGGAAACUGUUAUCAACUCAUCGAUUUCUCCUUACAUUUUGCAUAUGAACGUUUUACAUUUUUAGCGUAUAAAACCGCUUCUGUUUUUGUAGCCUAAUUUAUUUUACGCUCCGUCGGUUUGAGUUACACUCAAGAUGUGAAUGUACAUUAAAACAAAAUGUGAAUAUUAUUAUAAAAUAAAAAAAUGAAUAGAGCAACUGUAUUUCCUACAAAUGAAGGUUAAUAGAACUUACUGGUGAAUUUAUUUCCUUGAAUAGAGUUUAUAUCUCUUUAAAAAUGUAAAGUGUAUAUUCCCUCAACUAGGAAAUCACUAUUAAAUUCUAGGACAAAAUAGUUAAAAUGGGAAAAUUCUGCAGCUCAGCUACUUUGUCCUAAAAUUUCAAGUUCACCUUUCUUUCCAUACUAAUUUUUACUGAAAUUCAACAUUUUCAAAAAUGUUAUUUCCUCAGUUAGUCAAUGGAAAUUUACUGACACUCUCAAGGUGACGUAAGGCAGAUACCUAAUUUUUGUUUCUUUUUGCCUUUUCGCAGAUCUAGAGGGGGACUAUGAUCCUGAGAGUUUAGUAGAUAACUUUGUUACAGUUUUAAUUGGAGGUACGUCAAAAACUAUUUUAUUUAUUAGAAUGUGAAGGCAGUUGAUGCCUCUCCAAUUUUUCUUUUACCUCUUAAUGUUGUGUUGAACGUGUCUGAUGUCUGCAAUAGCUAUAUAACUAUGGUUACAUUCCUUUACUGCUUGGAAGGGUAGAGACUGUGUGUUGCUUUAAAAAAAGAGACAAGGUUUUGAAAGACAGACAUAGGUUCAAAUUGAAAAUCAAAUUGCUAAUCUGUACGCUAAAUAUUUAAAUUGUGGAACGGGAGAGUUUUUGUACUAAAUAAAACCAGUUGUUAUUUUUCUUUUUGUUGUAGAUUAAAAUUGCCAAAAUUGUUGUUUAUCUCAAACACUUGUUAUCAAUCUGAAUUUCCAGUUUGAUAGCAUUGGAGAUCUAUAUAUCAAUGGCGUAUACUGAACGAAGUCUAGGUAACAGAACUGGUGUAGGAAGGUGAAUAAUAAAGCUCAUUCUCUCAUUGAACUGUUUUGUAAAUGUUUUAUGUUUCAGGGCAAGAAACCACAGCAAACCAUAUAUGUUUUGCACUGAUGGAGCUGGCAAAAAACGUGGAGAUACUGGCAAAGUGAGUCCUGCAUCGUUUUAGCCAUAGGAGGACUGGCAAGUGGGCAGGGGGCAUGGGCCACUAGCAUACAGGGACUGUUGGUUGCAGCUUCGCACACCAUACUUUUGCAGCUUUAAAUAUAAGGGUGGCAUCUGUUGGCAGAGUACAGAAGGAGUGAGGUACCCGGCAGGAACUGUGUAGGGCAGCACACUGUGGGUUUAUGCUUGAACUAGCGCCCAUAAUCUCAAUAUUGUGUAGCUCUGGACUGGCCCACCUGGAUAUUUCUACAGUAUCUGGAGCUGACCAAACUGACAAACUUUGUUUAUAUGUUUGUAAGAAACCCACAGCACACCAAUAUAUGUCAAAAAGUACAUCUUUAUUCCAUACACAUAAUGGAUCAUAUAGUAUGUAAACAUAUAUAAAGUGCAUAGAUAUAUAAUACAAAGUUAACACAUGUGCACAUCAUUCAUUAACAACUAUAACAACAGUAAAGUGCAUAAAUAGGUUACCCAUUCAGUGUAUAAAACAUAUAUACUGACCUAUGGCUGAAGACCAAAAUUCUUACGUUUCAGCUUAUGCCCUUUUCACAGGACCUGUAAAAGCUUCUCCAUCAGACCACCAGUGAUCUAUCUCCCCAACAUGCCCUCAUUCACUGGACUACCGGUGAAAAAAACUUUGCUACACUCAGAUACUACACAACACAGACUACCCACACACAACACUCAGCCUUCCCUCCACACACAUAAUAUUAAGGCUCCUCCAAACACAAAAUUCAGUCACCACACACACACAACACUUAACCAACACAGCCACAUUCACACACCCAAUAUACAGCUCUCAGCCUCACCCCCACACUUAUUAUUCAGACUUUCCUACAAACAUACAAUACUCAACAAACACAUGACUCUAGAAGGGGGGCCCAAAGUGACAUCCUGCCCAGAGCCCUUGAGACUCUUAAUUCCACUAUGACAAAGCCUUAGUAUGGUAGUACACUAAAAGGUUAAUAUUAUGGCCAGAUGAAAGUUAGACGGAAGUUAGAAUACAUUUAAUAGGAGAUUAGGUCUUUAAAAGUGCAGAAUUGUAUUUUCACUAACUUGAUGAUAAACUUCAGAAGAACCUAGAGGUGACUAUAUUUCUUUGCAGAGUGCAGGCUGAAGUCAAUAAAGUGAUUGGAUCAAAGAAACAUAUUGAGCAUGAUGACCUCCGAAAACUGUGUUAUUUAUCCCAGGUACUUUAAAUAUAGUUAUUUUGAUAUUAUUAAUUUAGAUUAUGACAUGCCUGAUUAUAACUGGUGGGAGGGAAAAUAAAAAAGGAAAGCAUUAGAGCACAACGUCCAUUCUCAGAAAAUUAUUAAUUUACAAAGAUAGCUAUAGACUAUAUAUUGUCAAACUUUGACUUACUAACAAGGUUCUCUAUUGAUCCCUAUUGACAAGUAUAAACAAGGAUAGAAUAAUGUAUUACCAACUUUAAUGUGCUUAGGGCUACUUAGGCAACUCUAAUACAUGAAAUACCCUGUUUUACAUUUGCAUGAUUCCAUUCGUGAGUAAACUAAUAUAUGUUCGGAGACGUUUACCCAAACAUAUAUUUGAGGGAUUAAAUUAAUUCCCCUGAACGUAGACCUGCUUUCUAGCGCAUGCUUGAAACCGUUUUUCCCCGAAAUAAGACAUCACCCGAAAAUAAGCCCUAGUUUUUUUUUGGGGGGGGGGAAAUUAAUACAAGACACGGUCUUAUUAUUAGGGAAACUUGGUAGCAUAACCAAUUGUUCAGUUAGCAAGUUGAGUUCUAUCUCCAAUCUGAACUCCUCACAUGUGACUAAUUACAGUAUUAUUAAUGUAGAAACACUCACUAAAAUGCUACUACAAAAUGAUUUUAUUCAAGUGUAAAUAUACAACAUUUUCAAUGCAUACAAAAGCAAGAUAUGCAUAAAAACUAAGAAAAAAAGAACAAUCAAAACAGCAUUCAAAUUAAUCAAAAAUAAACUUUUAAAAACUCAUUUAGCUGACAAAUAUGAGAAAGGUCCCUUGAGAAAUGUGGAGAAAGACUGCAACCAAAAAAAAAGUUAGUAUAACGUCAAUGGUCAGUUAAGUGAGUUUGAUUUUUUUUUUUUGUGUGAUUUAUUUGGAUAUUAUUUUGAUCACCGCUUUCAAGGACUCAGGUCGAGAUCCUCAAAAAUAUGAAUUAUGUUCCUGCAGGUCUUGAAGGAAGCUCUACGUUUAUACCCCACAGUACCGGGCACAUCUCGAGCGAUAAAAAAAGAAAUCAUCAUAGAACGAGUGAGAAUUCCUCCUAAUGUAACUGCAGUGGUAUGUUCUUCAACUGAUAUUUUUUUAUUUCCUAUUUAUUAUAUUUUGAUUAAAAGAUUUGUCAAGCGACACACAGAGUGACGAUUGCAGCUCAUUGGAGUAUUAUAAAAUUACCUACACAUCGACACAAGUAAGACACGACAUUGUAUGCUACAAAAUAGACAUUUAGUUACAUUCCCAGAGUUCUAGGUUUCAACUGAUAUUUUAUGUUAUAUAUACUAUAAUAAUAAUAAUAAUAUUUGUAUGCAUAUAUAAAUAACAAAAAUAUAUAUCAAUAAACGUGUUAGAAUAUCAAAUGCAAUAAAAAAAUUUUCUUGGAUUUACUGAGAAUGUCAAAAAAAGAUCUCAAAUAGAAAAGUUACUGUGUAUAAUAAAAACCUUGUUAUACAAUAUAAAAAAUAGGUUAUUAAAGUGAAGAUGUUAAAGGACACUAAGCACCAUAAACGUUACAUCCCACAGUAGUGAUUAUGGUGCUAACGGGCUACUCACACUUUCCUCCGGUUCUACACCACAUUGUUUUCAAGCAAUUUAACACAAGGAUUCCCAAACACCCUUGGCUAGGCCCUACAGUUCCUGGGCUGAUAACCAAUGAAUACUUUCCAAAUUCAGACACAAAUGACUGUGCAAAUGCGGACGUGCAAGGGGUAAGUAUGUGGGCACCUAGGGGGUCCUUGAUUUUUGUCAAACUGAUUGAAAACUCCAGGAAAUAUUUAAAUGCAAGAAUGAUCUUGUGAGUAAUAGACAGUGGAUUCAUCUCUCAAUAAUAAAAUAAGGUUUAUAGCUGUUAAAACAUUUUCCGAAGCAUCGGGUUAAGAACAAUACAACAACUUUAUGUUUGUAAAUCUCUAUUCUUUUUAAACAUUGAUUUCUUCAUUAGUCUAAUAACAUGUUUGCUUUCUCUGUAUGCAGUUUAAUUCAUACAUCAUGGGAAGGAUGGAUCAAUUUUACCAGGAUCCUCUCACCUUCAUCCCGGAGAGAUUCAGCCCUGAUUCUGCCAAGUAAGAGAUGUCAUUCUCAGGGGCACACUUUGCUCUCGUCCAUGUAAUUUAAAUACGAUUCAUUAUUUUAUGUUAAACAUUAAUGUGCAGCAUGACUUUCAGAUUAAUAUACUACAUAUUUAUUUUACGUAUUUCUUUCCUUUUUUUUUUAUAUCCACAGGCCAUAUUUUACCUAUUUCCCGUUUUCACUGGGUCCACGUUCUUGCAUUGGACAAGUGUUUGCGCAGGUAAUUUGGAUGGAUUUUGGAUAUAAGUAACUCUUGUAACACAUGAUGAACUAUCUACUGGCCAAAAUAGCAGAGUUUGAAAAAUGCUUCCCCAUAGGAUUGGCUGAGACUGUCAAGGAGGCAGACAAGGAGCAGAGCCAGCACAAGCCAAACACAGCCCUGGGCAAUCAGCAUCUUCUCAUAGAGAUGAAUUGAAUUAAUGAAUCUCUAUGAGGAAAGUUCAGUGUCUGUAUGCAGAGCAGUGGUGUAUCCUGGUUUUGUGCUGCCCUAGGCAGGACAAAACUCAGGCGCCCCCCAAUCCCUCUUGCGCGCGCGACCCCCACCCAUCCCUUCCCCCCGCCUUCUAAAUACACACACACACUCACUGACAGAUAUGCAUACACUAGCUAACAGAAACACAAACUCACUGACACACACAGUCAAACACACACACUCACUAGCAGAGACACACUCACUCACAGACACACUCACUCACAGACACACACACACACACUCACUAACAGACACACACACACACACUCACUAACAGACACACUUACCUUUGGGAGUGCGGGGGAUGGAAGGGGUUCUCUAUCUCCCUGGUGGUCCAGUGGCUGCUGGGUGGGUGGCAUUGGUGGGCGGCUGGCGAGGGAGCUCUUCCCCUGAGCGGUCUGCUCAGCUCCCUCGCGCGCUGCAGAGUGAGGCUGGGAGCCGGGUUGAUGACGUCAUAUCCUGGCUCCCAGCCUCACUCUGCAGCGCGCGAGGGAGCUGAGCAGUCAGCUCACAGGAAGAGCUCCCUCGCCAGCCGCCCGCCCGACAAUGCUGCCCAGCGCCGCCCAGCAUGUCUGUUAGCCGCGAGGCUAACAAGACAUUUGCCUUGGGCAUUUGGGGGGGCGGCUUUUUUUGCCGCCCCCUGAAAAAUGCCGCCCAAGGCAAAUGCCUUGUUUGCCUCGCGGCUAAAAUGCCCCUGAUGCAGAGGGAGGAGAUACUGAAGUGUUGAUGCAUUUUAGGCAGCAAUGACCCAGGAAGGAUCUCUAACAGACAUCUUAGGAGUUGCCAGUGGAGUUAUCACUAGGCUGUAAUGUAAACUCUGCAUUUUCUCUGAAACAAGCAGUGUUUACAGCAAACAGCCUGAAGGGAUGAUCUACUCACCAGAACAAAUUCAAUAAGCUGUAGUUGUUCUGGUGACUAUAGUGUCCCUUUAACCCCUUAAGGACACAUGACAUGUGUGACAUGUCAUGAUUCCCUUUUAUUCCAGAAGUUUGGUGUUUAAGGGGUUAAGCAUUUUUAGACACUAACCCAAAUUAUAUACAUAUUGUGAGCUUGGAUAUAUUCUUCAAUUGUAAUAUUAGCUCAGUGACUAAUUCUGCAAUUAAAACAUAAUGCAAAAGAAAUUCAGAAAAACCCCUUUAUUCAACUACUCCUCGUGUCAGAGCAGUUCCCCUUUAAUAUUGAAUGUUCUUAGCCAACAUAAGAUAUAUUUAUGUGGAUGUCUAGAUUGAUAGAUUUUAUUUUUCAUAUAGAUGUUAUCCCAAGUGGUGAUUGCAAAGUUAGUCCAGAGAUUCGAGUUGCAGUUGGUUGAAGGACAGAGUUUUAACCUUUUAGACACCGGGAUCCUCCGAUUCAGGGAUGGGAUCAUCUGCAGAUUGAAAUCCUCAGCGACUUGGACAUAAAGAAGAACAUUAUUUUUUACAGUGUCAAAAACUUGUGUUGCUCAACAUUAAGGCUAGAUUCUAUUAUAAGAGAUAACUCGGUAGUGCAAUCACGUUGUAGGAUAAAUCAGUCUAAUGUAUUACAUGUGUAUAUAAGUUAAAUAUCUACAUAUGAAUCAAAGCGGCUCUGUCAUCUCCCCAAGAAAAAAAAAAGAGUAUGUGAUAAAGAUAAAAACUUUAUGAAAUGCUCACACUGAUUGUGUUGGAAUUUCACUGAAAGAAAAGUAGGGACUAUUUUGUCUUAGUAUAUACCCUACAAUUAACAAAAUUCUACAAAAUGUGUAGUUAGCGCUGUUAAGUUUUGUAAUUUGUCCAAGCCGCCACUAAAAACUUCUGUAGUGAAAAAGACAUUAUCUAUGGAGGAUUCCACAAUAUUGCGGAGACAUCAUUGUUCGUACAGUUAUGCAUGCAGGAGAGAACAAUGCUGACAUAGGUUCCUGGCAAUGAAGCUGCAUUUGCUGAAGAGGAUUGGCAGGAAGACCAUGGAGGUAACCACGAGGGACAACUUCUUCAACCUGUGGUCACUGGAAACCAAGCAGAGUAGUCACCAUUGGGGGUAUUUGAAAGUAUGCAUUGACCCAUUUUCAUAUAUGCAUUCACACAUUUCACACAUUUCUGCUGUUAGUUCAAAAGAAAUAGAAAAAUCACUUUAACUUGUGUUUUCCAAUCUUGCCACAGAAUGGGAAAAAAUGCUUCUUUAUCUAAAAAAUCAGCUAGCUGUAAAUCUACAUUAUAAUAUACUUGAAUAUUCUAUUUUCAAAAACUGCAUCCAAAUAUUGUAUAGAAAACUGUGCAGAAUCUGAUAAAAACAACCUCUAUAGGUAGAGUAUUCCAUAUUUUUAUAUUAGUACAGCAACUUUUCCUUUGUAGUAGGACAAAUCUCUUCUCUUCAAAUCUAAAUAGGUAACCUUUUGUUCAUUGUACAGUCCCAUUAAUGAACAGGUUGCCAGAGAACAGUUUGUACUAGCGCUAUAUAUAUAUAUAUAUAUAUUUGUAUAACACCUAUCCACCCUUUCGCCUCCAACUCCUUGUAAAUUCUCAAAAUACAGACAUUCAACUAAAACAUUUAAAUCGUACUUAUACCUUCUCUUGCUUUCUACACUGCUACUCCUGGCAGCUAGCGAUGUCUCUCCAAACCCUGGUUCUGCUUCUACCCACCUACCUUGUGUUCAUCCUUGAAACCUCCCCAAUCUUAUAUCCAUCCCAUGUAACUCUCCUUUUAAGCCCUCCUUCCAUUCUGCCCUCUGGAAUGCAACAAUACUAAAUGUACUUUCAUCCAUGAUGUAUUCCUCUCACGCUCCCUUAACUUACGUGUUUUAACUGAAACUUGGCUCUCUUCUUCUGAUACAGCUACCCCUGCCUCAUUAUCCUAUGGUGGUCUACACUUUUACACACCACCCAAGACAGUCUGACAGUAAAGGUGGCAGUGUAGGGUAUCUCCUUUCACCUCAAUGCUCCUUCAAAACUCUACCCAACCCCCCCUUCUCUCUUCUCCUUCGAAAUUAACUCGAUUCACUUAUUCAAACCCUUUUCUGCUAACAUUGCGUUAUUUACCCCCUGGUUCCCCUCUUCUCUUCCUUGACCACUUCGCUGCCUGGCUACCCUACUUUCUCUCCUCUACCUUACCAUCCUUAAUUUUCAGGGACUUCAAUAUUCCCAUUAACCCACCCCUGACCUCAGCAGCCUCUAAAUUACUUCCUCCCUUGGGCUAUCACAGUGGGCUAAUUCUCCCACCCAUGUAGCUGGCAAUACCCUCGACCUCAUUUUCUGUUAUGUAUGUACAGUGUCUAAUAUCUCCAACACUCCAUUUACACUCUCUGACCAAGACCUGUUAUCAUUUGGUCUCAAGUACCCCCCUUGGUCUCAAGUAACAGAUGCCCUGUUUGUUGGAUCUAUAAUUUUGUUGCUAUUCUGAACUUUUUGUUGCUAUUUCUGAACUUCACCUAAACCGGCAUAUGAAUUAAAACAAACAAACUGUACCCAGUUUGUUCGUAUACCGAACAUUUUACCGAACGUCGACCACCCAAGACAGUCGUGUGCCGUCAAUUGACUUAUUUGACACUGUGCCAAACCGCAACCCCAACGUUCUAAGUGGUUCACUAGGUGGCCGUCGAUUCGUAUGCAUGAAACGCCUCGAACGGGUUUUGGUCGUCCAGUGUCUGGAACUAUUUUCGGACACUCAAUGGCCCGAACACCGCUGAGACUUCCAGGACCACAUAGAUUCGUGUUAAUCUAUCCAAAGGAGGUGGCAUUCAUUAGAAACAACAUACGAAUGUAGAGGCACACGACCAUAACAUGCACGAACGAUUAUGUGAACUAUUGUUCGACAUUUUACACUGCACGAAAGAGACCGGCCGCACCAGCUGAAUUCAUGGAACUAUUCUGUGCAGGAGCCUCAGCCGGGUAGAAAUGGGACUUCCAUCUAACUUUCGAAUCCCUGAACCGGUUUGGAUGAUUUUUAAAUAAGUUGUUUCCCUAAAUCUGUGCUAUCAGAAAAUGUUUUAUGGAGUUCGGAUAUGAUUUUAGGGUAUUUCUGGAAAUGUACAAAGAUUUUAAUUUUUUUUGUUUGGAGAUCAUUGAUACAAUAGUUAACUCAAUUAUCUCCCAAGCAGAGGGGAGGGAUUGUGUGUCUCAUUAUAUGACUGUUUAGUGGUUAUUCACUGUGGCAACCUUUUUGGAAAACUUGAAUAAAAGUCCAGUAUGGCCCCAUUAAAAAUCAUUUUGCUUAACCCUCAACACGUAGCCUUGUCUCGUGCUUGUAGGGAACCUGCUUCACAACUAAUCACUAGCUCUUGUAAGAGCUCUGCUACCCAUACGACUACCUGAUCGGCUGAGAUGACAUCUGGAGAAUACUGCAGCACAGCUCUUCCCAAGGGAAAAGGACGUCUCCAACGGCAUACACCCCUGUGAUACUCUGGGUGGCCGUUACACCCCCUCACCCAACAACCUAAGCCUAACCCCCCUCAACUCAGGAGGAACCUUAAUUCUAUUGACCUUCAGCAGCUGUCAGCUGAUAUUGAUUCGCAUCUCCUAUCCAUACCUUCCCUCUCCUGUCCCUCACUGGCCAUCUCCACAUAUAACACUACCCUCACCUAAGCCUUGAACGCUGCAGGCCCGCUCUCAACAUACACUCAAGGAGGACAAGCCCCCAACUAUGGCAUACUAAAUUAAUUCGCUACCUUAAAAGAUGCUCCCAUUGUGCUGAACACUCCUGGAGGAAAUCUCGCACCCAGUCAUACUUUCUCCAUUAUAGAUUCUUAUUUUGUUCAUACGGCGCAGCCCUUUCCCUCGCCAAACAGCCAUACUUUUUCUUUCUCGUUAGUUCAUGCUCCCGCAAACCCAGGGGUCUCUUUGAUACCUUUUUUUUAAAAAUCCUUUUUAUUAGGUUUUUGAAUAAACAUUUACAAAUAUUCACUAGAGUUGAUAGAAAAUAUUGUAUACAAUACAAUGGAACAGGUAACACAUAAGUACACUUAGAUAAACAUUUCUCUUUUGUCCGAUAUCUUCCUCUUUUUCAAUAUAUCUAAUCCGUUAAUUCACAGAAAUAGUUACUAUCAAUUACACAUCACAUUUAGCUAUAUGCAAUGCAAGACUCUUAGCAUUUGUGCUUGCUUAUCACAAGGCUGUCAGAGUCGGUUAAGUAAUGUUUAUCAGCUCCCAUGUGCCAAUGUUUUGAACAGGUUAAGUAGUGGUACCUGGUUGUCAUUUGGACGCAUCUACCUCAUGUACAGGGUAAGGUCAUGUAUCCUAUGGGUUCCUUCCGCCAACCUACUGGGUGGGCCGUGUUACCUAUCUGCUCA